AUGGAUGCAAGUAAACCGUAUUCGCAAGACAAAAGCAGGUCGGCAACAAUAUAUGUGCCCCAGGAAACAGAAGUUGCAGCAGAAGCACUGCCUCUAUAUCGUGAAACUGAGGGUACCGCUGAUGCUCCAAACGAUAUCCUUCGCAAAGCAUCGGAGCACGCCGGUGUGGUAUAUGCAUUAACCAAAUCGAACCACGAAACAUUUGAAUGCCUGAAAGUAUUCUGCGAGAAAUACAACGAGAAACGGACCUUCAUUCACUCCCACUCGAAACACAAAGUUUACAAGCAUGUCGUUGAGCAGGCCGGGGUGUAUGUAGGCACAAUUGACGCAAGCAUCAGGAUGGCCGAAAGAGGCAUGUCGAUUUCGAGGGGGGCGAAAGAAGCCCUCGACGACAAGACACUCAUACCUGAGGUGUUCGUUGAGCCAAUGCUGGAGCAGACGGGAGAAGCGCUGAAAGACAUCAAAGACAUCUCCAAUCGUUUUCGAGGUAUCCGUGUCGCCCUGUUUGAGGAGAUGCAGAGGGUCCAUCCCAGUGAACACCCAUCAGACCCAAGUUUUCCCCCGAGUACGGAUCUGGUGAGACGACAGAGAGUCGAUCUUAAUGGCAAGUAUUUUCAUCUUUCCUACCUAGUCACGCUGACAAAGAGAGCAUCAGAGCUACGUCGGAUGGAUGAAAAGGACCUCUUGAAACUUACGGUGCUGGUACUCGACCAGUUUGUCUCCAUUGUUGGAGAAUUCGUGGACUGGUGGAAUAGCCUCAAGGUUGAUGUGGAUCGUCUGACCGGUUCUAUACGGUAUAUUCGAAAAAAUCCAAAUAUCAGCACACAGGUAUUCAAGCAAUGGGAGAACAUGGAGCAGCAAUACAAGAUUUACCGAUCGGAGAUAAUGACACAACAAGACUACUAUAAUCACACUUUGAAGGACUUGAUGCCCAAAUCAUUCUUCCGUCGUGUUGUUCGUCGAUUGGGUUUGAGCGAGUCUGGAAGCGCGAAGUACACAGCCAAGAUUUUGACCUCAGCUUUGGUGGAUCCCCUCGUUGACAUGGAGGUAGCACUAGGCGCAAAGCAAGAAUUGAACAACACUUCGACAUGCACAGACUUGAUAGUCUCUGUCAACGACUUGACGGGGUUAUCCGACGCUGCUCGUAAAACGUUCCAAAUAUUUGAGCCAUGGAGUCGAGCUGAGUUCACGUUCGUCAUCUUCACCGAGUAUUUUCCAAGCCCGGGCUCUGAGUCUUCUUCCAUUGACAGCGUUGAAAAUGAUCUUCUUAAAGACAUUAUUGGGUUCAUUAAGGCUCAGUCGCAGGCAUAUUGCCGCGCCCUGUCGAGCAGCGUUGGGACAAGCCGUAAUUGUGUUAUGCUAGCCGAUGGUGCCGUUGACCUGUGCCGUAGUAUCUCUGAAGGGACGGACGCAACCGAAGUGUCUGCAACCAUUGACCUCUUGAUAGAAACAACGAAGUUGGGUGUGGAGCAGGCCGAAGAUGUCGUCCAAAAGUUUAGGACCCUUCGGCAGGGAAUUUUCCAGCUGACUGGGCGUAUACCGUACGCGGUAGAGCAGGUUGUCUUCGAGCACCAGGUUUGCGAGGUGUCCAAACAUCGUUACCAACGUGCCGCGAAGGGCACAGGGUAUGUUCACCGUGCGUUAGCAGGCUUCACGGAAACAGUUGCCCCGAUCAUCGCCCCUAUUAUGAGCGCAGCAAUUCCUGGGUUGGGUAUCAUUCUGCCGGUAGUCCUCCCCCUCGCGACGCUUGCUGCCAGGAAAGCGGACGAGCGUCUUCGUUUCAUGAUACAGAGCAGAGAAAAGCAGCAAAUCGCUUGCGAAGACGCUAUCAAACGCUUGCAAGAUGUAUCCAAUGACAUGGGAAAAGUCGCCGAACACGUUGGCAAAUUUGCUGUAUGGUGGCAGGACAUGGAGUAUACAUUCCGGAACUUGCAAACUCAGAUUCACUCCACAGCAAGCGGGAUGGCUGCUUGCGAUCCUGUCUUGCUGAGCAUGCUUGAGAGCAGGUUCUCGGAGAUUUCCAGGAACAACCGAAAUUACAUUGCCGAUAUUACGCGGCUCGAGGACUUCUAUCCUAAACUUGGGGAACAUGAUGGAUUUCAUCAACGUAUCAGCACCGUGCAGCCAAAGGAUGAUUUCCCUUUCCUCCUUCAGGCAAUCACCAAAUCCACACACCAGUACCACAUUGCUUAUCAUCGCCUCGACAUCAUGGCGCGCGAUGCGAAGCCCAAACAUCGCCUAUCUCUGGAUCGAAAUAUAGAUGUUAUCCGUGAGUGCCUCAAGGCAGAGUGCGAGGCUCUUCACGAUGUGCUUCGUUGCAUCAGCGAGUCGCAGCAAUCCCACGACAGUCGCAACUCGAUAGACGAAACUUCGCGGAUCAUCCGCCAGAAACUAUUUGCUCUCGCCGAUAAAUCCGAGAACACGAAGGCUACCUUCGAAGAGCGUAGGCGGGACGUCGCGUCGAAGCUCCCUUCUCCACGCCAAAUCCGUCGUUCUCAACAUGAAUACACGCAUCUAUCCAACAUCAUGAAUAAUCUCGUAGCCCCUGCCGAAACAAAUCCUCCGCUUAUCUCAUUAGAGGGGGCAAUCAAGGAGCAACAUGCGAGUAUCCAAGAUUUCGUGCGAUUCUUCAAUACCUAUUUCUCGAGCGUCACGAUUAGUGCUAUUGCCUCGACCGGCGGCACUCAAGCCAUUGAACUGUGGGAUUUCGAUAGAGGUCAUGUCACCGAAGUCAUGGACAAAGUCUUGGUGUCCGCUGAUUCGUUGGGAGGGCGAGAACUGGUUAUUUAUGCACACGCUUAG